AAAAGGACUGACGCCAUUUUGUCUUCACGCCGCUUUUGUGCAUGAUUUUGAUGAUAUGAACUCGGAUUACUCCCUUAUUUAGCUCCAUAAGUAGAAAAUCGAAGCCGACAAUCAUGGAGGCUGUUCGAGCAUUCAAUAAUGAGCUGUCUUCGCUGUACGACACCAAGCCACCAGUGUCGAGACAGAAAAUGGCCAAUCUAACAAAGCUGGCUAUCAAGGCAAUAAAGUUCUAUAAACACGUUGUUCAGAGUGUGGAAAAGUUCAUUCAGAAGUGUCGACCAGAAUAUAAAGUUCCUGGACUGUAUGUGGUGGAUUCCAUAGUUAGACAAUCGAGACACCAAUUCGGUGUGGACAAAGAUGUUUUUGCACCGAGAUUCACUAAGAAUAUCUGCAUCCUCUUUCAAAAUCUCUUCAAAUGUCCUACAGAGGACCGGAGUCGAGUGGUGAGAGUAUUGAAUCUUUGGCAAAAGAAUGCAGUGUUCCCGAGUGCUGUUAUUCAACCACUUAUGGACUUGGCUGCAGAUCCAACGAAUCCUCAACUUCUUGCCAAUGCUGAGAAGGAGAUCAGUCAAGUCGUUGAAACCAUGGUCCCAACUAAACCAGCCAUAGUCAUUGCAAUGAAGCCUGAGAUGAACAACAAACCAGCUGAGAGUCCGACCCCACAGCAACAGCAUCCAGACAAUGACGUGUCAUCAUCCACUCAAGCCCUUCAGACAGAUAUGUUGAAGAAUAUCACACAGAUCAUACAGCAGUCACAACAGAUUGGAGCUCCAAGUUUAUCUGCCCAGCAUGCUCAACUCCAGCAGUUACAGCUCCUGCAACAGCAGCUCUUGCAGCAGACGCAGAUCCUUCAAAACCAGGCGCCCAUUGAUGGAACGUUACUGGCACAGAUCCAGGCAUUGACAAGUCAGCUGUUGAACACUGAUGAUGAUGUCAAGCCACCUGAACCACCACCGACAUUCAAAAAGGAAUUGCUGGAUUUUGACUAUGGAGAGAGUGAUGAUGAGGACGAUCAUAAAAAGUCUCAUUCCGAAAAGAAGAAUGCUCUUCCUGCUGGUGCUCUAUACGAAGGCCUCCUGGAUCAAAUCCAAAUGCCAAUGCCUGUACAAGAUCUGCAAAUCACCCAUGGUGGUGUCAAAAGUGAAGUUGUGAAGCGAAAUGAAGACCUCCAUAAAAAGAUAUUGGAGCAACAACAUCAGGAGUUUGAGGAACAGAUCAACAAUCCGAACUGGCAGCCACAGCCGCCACCCGAGCCUCACCUCCCUGAGGUGCAUGGAGAUGUGGACAUGAGGGAAAUCAGGUUUGACCAGCAGGAGCAGCAAGGACAGCUUGAAGAGGGUCAAGAGGAUGAAGACUACAGGGACUACCAAUACCAUGACUAUGACGAGAGGCAUCGCUCACCUGAAGUCGAACGUCGCAGGCGAGACAAAAGGGCAAGAGGUUCAAGGUCACGAUCAAGGUCACCGAGACGUCGUCGUAGGUCCAGGUCAAGGUCACGUGAGAGGAGGCGCAGAUCUAGGUCGAAAGAGCGUCAUAGGAGGUCUCGGUCUCGGGACCGUGAGCGUGAGAGGGAGAGGCGUGAGAAAGAGAGGGAGAGGAAGAAGAAGGGUUUGCCGCCAUUGAAGGAGAAACAUUUGAGUGUCUGCACAACCACACUUUGGAUUGGGCAUAUAUCCAGGCUCACAACUGAGAAUAAUCUACAAGAAGAGUUGGAACGGUUUGGGGAAGUCGAAUCAAUUAAUAUGGUUCCUCCUAGGGGUUGUGCGUAUGUUGUAUUAAGUCGGAGGAAAGAUGCAUCUAAAGCAGUCGAAAAGAUGAAGGGUACUCGUCUCGAUGGAAACUUCCUCAAGGUUGCAUGGGCUCAGAACAAAGGAAUCAAAGAUGCUGGUCACUUCAAGGAAAACUGGGAGGUUGAAAUCGGUGUGACGUAUGUGCCAUGGGAGCUGAUUCCUGACGACUUUGAGCGGUUAGCCGAGGGUGGCAUGUUUGAUGAUGACACAUUGCCAGAGGAAUUAAAAGGUGCGGUUUAUUUCCAAAGUGAGAAACGACGACGGGGACUUUCGUUAAAUGAAGAUACCCAAGAUUCUAUGCUGGAGGACGGGCAGCCAAUGGGGAUGCCUUUUGUGCCUGGACAACCACCAUUUGGUAUGAUGAUGAUGCCUGGUCCGAUGGGUGUCAUGCCCCCGAUGAUGAUGGGUGGACCACCAGCACAGUCCAUACCUUCCAUCGUCUCUGGUGUCCCCCCUGUACCAGUGCCAGGAGUUGUACCAACGAAUGCACCGAUGAUGCCUCCGCCUGGUAUGCCAGGUAUGGCCAUGAUACCUGAACGACCAGCAGACAUACCACCUCCAGGAGCAGAACCAGCCCAGCCGCCGCCAGAAAAAAUGGAUAGCAGACCUCCUCCUCCUCAAGAUGAAGUGCAUCGCAUGGAACCAAUGCCUGGCAUGCUGCCUCCUGGGGAGCAGAAUGCUCCGCCAAGGCCUGGCCAGAUGCCCCCAACAAGUACCCCAAUGUCGAUGGCACCCCCUCCAGGACUGCAGCCUCCACCUCCCCCAAUAAGUACCCCAAACUCAUUAGCUCAAGCAAUCAAAAACAUUGUGGAAAAUUCAAUGGCUGCUACACCAGGAGCUCCAGCUGGACCAGUUGCGAUGCGCCCAGGUGGACCACCACCUCCAGGCCUGCCAAUGGGGUUGCCAAGAUUCGACCCUAGGUUGCCGCCUCCAAACUUUAGAGCCCCUCCACCCCCUGGCCCUGGGGUUAGGUUUGAACCACCUAAAGGUUCUCCUGGUUUGGAAGGUAUGAUGCCUCCCCCAGGGCGAUCACCGGGCAGAGCAACGCCAGAUGAAAACAAAGCUGAUACGGAUGACAGAGACUUUAACUUCACUAAAAACGCCAAUUCAAACGUUCAGUUUAGUGGACGGGUUGAUCCAAGACUUGGUGGUCAUCCGGGAGACCGGCCACCCCGACCUCCAAUGGUCAUUCCAAGCAGUUCACCAGGUCCAGGUGGAGUACCUAGAUUAGCCGGACAUCAGGGACUAUCUGUACCUUUGUUACGCCCCCCAGAGAUACGCUUUGCUCUUGGACCAGGCGAUCAGUUUCCGGGGCAAAGACCCAACAUGCUGCCAGGAGGUCCACCUGGUGGCCCAAUUCGUUUGCCGGGGCUACAGGAGCUACGACCUGGGGGACCUCCUGGAGGACCACCAGUGUCUAUGCACGGACCUGCUGGUCCAGAUGACAAGCUGGGACCACCCCGUAUGCUCAUGGAUAAUCCACCAAGAAUGUUGGGUCUGCCACCAGGAUUACGACUUCUCGGACCACGACCAAACUUCCUGCAGAAUGGACCAGAUGGUCCAGGACAAGAACACAUGAUGCGACCAGGAUUCACACCACCAGGAGGACCUCGUUUACAGUUUGGGCCCCCAGGAGGUCCAGUGGGUCCCAGGGGGUCACUAGGCCCGAUGGGUCAUAUUCCUGGAGGUCCACCCAAUAUGGGGCCCCCUAUGGGCAACCAUGGGAUGAGACCACUAGGACCUGGUGGACCGAUGGGACCUGGUAUGCCACCAGGGGGCCCUAUGGGGCCAAGGGGAUUCCCCAUCAGAUUUGCUCUUAACAUUCGAGGUGGGCCUCCUGGAGGGCCUGGCAUGCCUGGUGGGCAUCCUCCUCCACUGAUGGGGCAAGGACCCCCAGGCCCUGGAGGUCCACCGUUUGGUGUCCACAUGCGUUUCGGUAGCCCAGAUCGUGGUCCUGGAGGCCCGGAUCAACAUGGUCCUGGAGGCCCAGAUCACAGAGGUCCUGGUGGCCCAGAUCACAGAGGUCCUGGUGGCCCAGAUCAUCGAGGUCCUGGUGGUCCAGAUCACCGCGGUCCCGGGUGCCCAGAUCAGCGAGGUCCCCCAAACUUUGAGGAGCGGAGGUUCCCAAACAUGAAUUCACCUGGGAGGGCUGAUUUCCCUGAUGAACGAGAUCGCGAUGGAAAUGAUGACAGGUCAGAAACUAAUCGUGAACGCAGGCGGGGCCCACGUCGGUCACGGUUUGACACAAGUGGUGAUAAGUUUGAUCCGAGCACUGGGCAAAAAUUGGAUCCUAAUGCCCCGAUGAAUGAUUCUGGGAAUAAUGAGGAGAACGAUGUGAACCCAGAGGAGUCUAGUGGUGAUGAUCCGCCACUUGCUCUGGUUGAAAAAGAGGCUGCUUCUGAAUCUGAGCCUGCGGAAACUAAAGAAAGCCAAGAGACUGAACCUGCUGAGGCGACGGAGGCAGAAGUACCUGCUCAGGAGAGUUAGUCGUCUAUUCUGUUGAGGAAUCAGACAUUUUAGAUUUGGUGAUUCUAUAAAGGAGGGGAUUCAAGUUGUCACUUGCUGUGCAUCUUCUCCUGUUGUUCAUUAUGCUGAUCGGAAUAGUCAAAAGUGCUUCAUUACUCAUAUGCUUUAUCAAUCAUCUACGUAAAUUCAUUGUGGAUUAUUCAACAAGAUUUGAUGAAACCCUAAAGGAUUGAUCAUAACUUCUUCAGCGGUUAGAAAGUGCUAGAAACAAUUGAAUUUAUUAGAAACAGAGAUAGGGAAAGGUUAUCAAAUCUCCCAUCACUGCUGUUUGAAAUUUCUGAUGAAUCCUUCUGGGGUUAAAGGAACUGAUGGGGCAUUUCCUGUGUUUAUUGUAUUACAAACUCCAGGCAGUAUUGUUGAGCGAUUCCUGCACUGCAUAGCAGUGGGAGUACUCGGAAGUGUUCAGAAAAGUUGCCAUUUUGCCUUCUGUGAUCUCGAAGCUGUUACAGUCACCUGCAUUUCUACGCCAAAGAUACAUUUGGAUGGCUCAGUGCACAAUAUUGUACUUAGCCAUUUUAUUUUUAUAUGUAUCUUUCCGAGGAUUUAUCUUCUGUCUCAUUUAGAGACUGUGGUUUUUUUAUGCGCUGGUCCCGUAGCAGAUUUUUUGCUGUUUUAUAAUGUGUCAUUAACGGGUACGAAAUUGAAUAUAAAUUAUUAUUUAUAUUUCCGGCGUCCGUGUGACCUACUUUUCUUUUCUCAUUCAGUCACUUUUCAAGUGUUUCUAUUGCAGUUACCCAGGCAGUGUGUGAAGGGGAAGUUUUCACUGAUUCAAGAGUCAUUUCCACCACAGCUGGUUGGUGUGGCUACAAUAGUGAGAAGUAAUUAUAAUGAAGCCGAAAAAAUGAAAGAAAUGACGAAGCCAAAUCUACAAUGAAAAGGUUUCCUUGUCAGGCUGCUUGUAUUCCCAGGUCCUGGGUGGCUGCAGUUUUCAAGUUCUAAGCUGUUAUUGCAGAGGUCCACGUACUGUUGAAUUGUUAUUGUAUUGCAGAAUUAAUUCGGCUUUGCUCCAUGGUCUUCAAUUUACAUUCACUGGCAGAUUCUUUCAUGCUACAAUGAUGUUGAUUUAGAAUAUGAACAGAGCGAUUGUGAAACUCGGCAGAUCUGGUGUUCAGUUGAAAUUCCAACUAUUUGGUUAGACUUUGUGACCGUGGAGAAGAGCCUAUUUGUCAUGUUUGCUAAGCACUAAAUGUAUGAAUGCUUUAUUUCAGCCUUCCUUUACAGCAUUGCUUUAACUCGGCAUAGCAGCCUAUUGAUCAAGUAGGAAAUUGAGAAAACCUAAUCAAUCCACUUAGUUUUGAACAAGAGUUUAUCAUUUAUCUUCUUAGAUAGUUUGGGGAUAAAUAUUUCAGGUGCAUGUUGUAAUGUCUUGUAUUUUACCUUCAACAGUAUGUGGACCGAGUACAGUGGUAGCUUUUGGGCACUUGUGUGAAAAAAAAGCUGAAAUUUAACAACACCUCUUUCAAAGGCAUGUUUAGGUACUACAAGGCCCUUUCUACAUGACGGCGUUUUCAGCCAAAGGUGCAUUUGGAGAAGCAGCUCGAACCAGCGAAACCAACCAUUAGUUAGGAAAGAGGUAUGAGAAGGUGAGUCAUUGGCCUACUGGCUUUGUGACAGUCUGGUAUGGUGAAGAUCAAGAGGCAGGCAUUUUGGAUUCAAUUUAAAGUGCUCUCUUCCACCAGUUUUUGUCAAGAUCUUUGACACAAAACAUAUUUCGUCACCCUCUCGAUACCAAAUCAUUGACUCCCACCUCUGGCCUUUUUCCAAUGAGAUGGUUUGGUUAUUGUUGAUUCAGAUUUUGCGUGAAUGUUACCUGUGUUUUAGUGGUCCCUAAAUCUUCGUGUUACUGUACUCUCUUCUGCACUCUCUUUUGAGCCGAGACUUUGUACCACGUAACGUGUAGUAUAAAUUCCAGUGAUUACCAAUAUCCAACGGAGAGAAUGAUGCAAGUGCUUGAAGCCAUAUCCUUGAAUAUACCUAGUGAAGAUUUUAGGGACGACUGAAACCAUUGGCUUUAAAUGUUCAUUUUUAACCCAUGGCACAUUUUUGGCCCCAAAUGCGGGUUACGGGAACAAACGCCCCUAAUGUGGGUUCAGGACACAAAACCCCUAAUGUGGGUUCUCGACCCCCCUAUGUGGGUCAGGACAUGAGAUCACAGUCUUGGAGAUCAUUGUGCAAAUGGCACUGGAUAUCAAGGUAGGAUUGGGAAAGGCCUGUUCGGCUCAUUUCUGCUCUGCUGGUUCCUGCCAAUCUUUCAUUGCCAUGGAGUAAAAUACAGAAUUCAUCUUUCAACCAGAGUAAGUUGAGAAAUACAUCAAAGAAGUAAUUGAAACAUAAUUGUGGUCAAGCUAGGCCUUGGUCCUUUCAAGAACCCUGAUGAAAAUGGUGUGGGAUAUCCACAAGUCUAUAUUUCAGUUAUUCAGAAUGUUGGUAAUUACUAAUAUUAAACAGAUGAAACUAAUUGAAAUUUGAAGAAUUGGCUGAUAAUCAGAACAUUUGCGGAAAUCUGCUAACUUAACCUUUCCUUUGGACUGUAGCAAUUGCUGUCCCCCUCAAUGCCUUGCCCCUCAGGAGUUCUGCUUGGAGAUCGAAAAUGAUGGAAUCUGUGGACAGACGGGGUAGGUGGCCACAACUAAUGGAUGUGGUAUUUCUCUGUAGUAUGUUAGUAGUCAUAAGUGAGCAGAGAUGCAGUAUGAUAGGUCCUUUGAAGUGGUGACAAAAUAGUACUCUAUUGGUGGGUGUAUAAUCGCAGCUGAUGUUAUUAGACUGAUUAAGGUGCACAGUAGAACCUCUUUAACAGGACACCCUUGGGACAGACCAAUGCUGACCUUCAUAGAGGGGUGUCUUGAUUACAGAGGUCAUAUUCAAUGGAAAUGUUCAGGCCUGGACCAGAAUUGGUGUCCUUAAGAGAGAAGGUGUGUGACCUCUAAGGGAAUUCAACUGUAGAAGACUGGUAAAGGAAGUCGAGUUUGACCUCUGUGACCUGUCAUCUGGAUCUCUGUCUUUCUCCUGACGUACAUCAUCAUAUAUUCAAGUAUCGUUAUUCUAUAUAUCCCAGGAGAAAGGAUUCUGGCUCCUCAUCUAGUUCCUUAGCUGUUCAGAAGAGAGAAUUUCUGCUCAGUUCGUUUGUUGUUAUCAUGGAGAUAGUUUUACUGCAGUGCAGUGCCUUUAAAAUUGAUUGUAACUUUUCAUGUAACGAGAAGGGUUGAAUUAAGAUGCCUAUUCAUAGUCUUAAGUUUCGAGGAGAUACUUGGACCAUUUUGAGUGCGAGAGAUUGACAAUUUCAAGGUGGUUGCUAUGGAAACCGAUGAUGAGUGCCAGAAUCUGUUACGUUUUUGUGUCUUUUAUAAAAAAAGAUGUUUUGUGACAGUGUUGUGCAGGCCUAGAUGCAAGUAGAUGCAUUUUAACUCAUUUUAUCCCUGAGAGGACCCUUUCUUUCCAGCUCUGCUGAAUAGACUUGUUUUAAACACUCCUAUUGAAUGUUCUGUGAGCUGCUACUGUAACAAAGUCCAGGAGCCACACCAA